AUGUCCAACCAGACCCACGCUUUCGAGUCCUCCAUCGUCAUCGGCUCCCGUACUGGAGGCGGUCGUCGCUCCACUUCCCCCAAGGACGGCCACAGCAACCCUGUCAUGGCCAACUCCACCUCCCUCAAGGAAGAUUCCAGGAAGCCUGGCAUGGGUAAGGAGCUAUCCACCUUCCGUGCUCUUGGCCGCCAGAAGCGUGGAUCCUUCGCUCGUGGUCCUAAGGUUGAGAUUCGUGCUCAUGAUGGUCAAGUCCUAGCUUCGCUGCCUUUGGCACUUUUUAGUGCUCUCUCCACCGUGGAGAACCUCGUCUUGAAGGAUAAGAGUGUCUUCUACGUCACUUGUCCCGAGUACCUACUCGUCGUAGCUGUCAAGGAUCUCAUCGCCCGCAUCACUCCUCUAGCCAACCCCAAUCUCGAUGUGAUGGCUAUGGACACCACGAACAACCUGUUCAAGGAUAUCCAUAUCGCCUCGGCCGCUGAGUUCCUUGGUCUCACUGCCUACACCCAGCGCAUGUUUAACGCGCACUGGCACCUGAUCAAGACCUGCCUUCCCUCUCAGGACCUCAUCAACCUCCUGACCACAAUCCACACUCCGCUGGGUGACAAGCUCCUCGACAUCAUCGCCCUGCGCAUGGCAAAGCACUCCUGGGCUGGAGACUAUAACGAUAGCGAGUUCGAGGAGUACCUCGCCGAGAACUCCCGCUUCGAUGCCAUGGUCAAAGUAUACUUGGCCAAGUGGGAGGCCAGUAGCAAGGCCUUUGAGGCUCGCGAGGCACACCGUCGUUCUCAGGCUGAGCACCGGGAUCUUGCUGCUGAGCGUCAGCUUGCGGCGGAGUAUCAGGCACUUGCUAACGCACAGAAGGAUCGCGCCAAGGAGCGUGCUAUCUUCGCCGCCAAGGAGCAGGAGGAUGUCGAGGUUGGCGUUGCUGUGCGAGCGAAGAUCCAGACCAAGGGCCUCAAGGGCAGCAAAUUCUCUCCCCGGGAGGCUAACUACAUCUGGACUCACAUGGGCAAGCGCGUUCCGAUCUCUUCUGGUGGAUAG